AUGCCUUUCGACAUCGAUACCGCUCGCCGAAAUAAGACGCCCCGACCUCUAUCAGACUCGGAGCGCGCUCGCGUGGAAGAGUUCAUCGACUCGAUCCACUACUCUGCGCGAUACUCGGACAGCGAAUAUGAAUACCGUCAUGUUCAACUCCCCAAAGCCAUGCUCAAGGCUAUUCCCAAAGACUACCACGAUACCUCCAAGGGCACCCUCAAGCUAUUGUGGGAGGAGGAAUGGCGAGCUCUUGGAAUUACUCAGAGUCUAGGAUGGGAACACUACGAGGUCCACGAGCCAGAACCGCACAUCCUCCUGUUUAAGCGACCACUCAACUUCCAACCCCCUCAGUAA